UGAUACUUGUGCUUCCAGAGGCAAGUGAACAAAGACAGGAAUUCAACCUUGAACCUGUGCUCUCUUGCAAGAGCUGGCAAUUUGGGAUAAGAAAAGAUUCUUCUCUUAGAGGAGUCGGUGUCUUUUGAAGACAUAGCUGUGGACUUCACCUGGCAAGAGUGGCAGCACCUGGAUGUUGGUCAGCGAAACCUCUACAGAGAUGUGAUGCUGGAGAACUACAGCAGCCUGAAGUUCUUGGGUGAAUUAAACUCCUGGAACUGUAUGACCAAACCAGAUUUGAUCUUCAAGUUGGAGCAAGGAUUUGCACCAUGGAGUGUAGUAGAAGGCUCAAUUCAGAGGCUUCCAGAAUUAAACAGUCAACAUAAAAUGCCCUGGACAAAGGCUGAUGAUUUUCAGCAAUGCCAGAAUUCUGUUUACCACAAAUUACAUCACUCUUCUUCUCAUGGAAAAAUCACUGGUGAGAAGCUGUAUGACUGUGGGACAAGAUUGAUUUCUAAGUCACAUAUGGCUGUGCAUUAUCGAACUCACACAGGUGAUAAGCCAUAUGAGUGUAGCAAAUGUGGAGAAGCUUUCAUCUCCAAGGUAUAUCUCACUAUCCAUCAGAGAACUCACACAGGUGAGAAGCUGUAUGAAUGUACUGAUUGUGAGAAAGCCUCUACCUUCAGGUCACAAUUCACUGUGCAUCAGAGAACUCACACACGUUGGAAGCCAUAUGAAUGUACUGAAUGUCGGAAAGCCUUCAUGUCCAAGUCAUAUCUCACUGUGCAUCAGAGAACUCACACAGGUUGGAAGCCAUAUGAAUGUACUGAAUGUGGGAAAGCCUUCAUAACCAAGUCAAUUCUCACUACUCAUCAGAAAACUCACAACACUGAGAAGCCAUAUGAAUGUACUGAAUGUGGGAAAGCCUUCACCCGCAAGUCAAAUUUCACUACACACCAGAGAACUCACACAGGUGAAAAGCCUUAUGAAUGUACUGAAUGUGGGAAAGCCUUCACCUGCAAGUCAAAUCUCACUACACAUCAGAGAACUCACACAGGUGAGAAGCUGUAUGAGUGUACUAAUUGUGGGAAAGCCUUCAUUUCCAAGAAAUAUGUGAUUCUGCAUCAGAGAACUCACACAGGUGAAAAGCCUUAUGAAUGUACUGAAUGUGGGAAAGCCUUCACCUGCAAGUCAUAUCUCACUACACAUCAGAGAACUCACACAGGUGAGAAGCUGUAUGAGUGUACCGAUUGUGGGAAAGCCUUCAUUUUCAAGAAAUACCUGAUUCUGCAUCAGAGAACUCACACAGGGGAAAAGCCUUAUGAAUGUACUGAAUGUGGGAAAGCCUUCUCCUGCAAGUCAAGUCUCACUACACAUCAGAGAAUUCACACAGGUGAGAAACCAUAUGAAUGUACUGAAUGUGGGAAAGCCUUCAUAACCAAGUCAAUUCUCACCACUCAUCAGAAAGCUCACAACACUGAGAAGCCAUAUAAAUGUACUGAAUGUGGGGAAGCCUUCAAGUUCAAGUCAACUCUCACUACCCAUCAAAAAACUCACACAGGGAAAUGUAGACUAAAACUGCAUUGAGAUUCCAUCUCACUCCUGUCAGAUUGACUACCAUCAUGAAAAUAAAUGCUCAUAAAUGUUGGUGGGGAUGUGGAAAAAGAGG